AUGAAGCUCGAGCGCGAGCUGUCGACGUCCGAGCGCGACGCCUUGCAGGCGUCCAUCUCCGAAAAGCUCGCGGAGAUCCUCGGCGUCGCCUGCGAUCCCGUGCUCGCGGAGUACACGAUCGUCCUCGUGUCCAAUGGGAAGACGAUGGAGGAGCUCCGCGAGGCCAUGAACGAGAUGAUCGGCCCGGACAUGUCCGCGUCGCUCGCGGCGUGGCUCGGCGAGGAGCUCAAGCCGCUCGCCGACGCGCCGGCCGCGCCGGCCGACGCCGCGGCGGCCGACGCCGCGGCGGCCGCGGGCGACGACGCGGCCGCGGCGCCCGCGGACGGCGACGACGCGCCGCCGGCGAAGAAGGCCAAGGUCGACGACGGCGAAGCGCCGGCGGGGCCCGUGCUCUCCUACUCGGGCCGCGGCCGGGGCCGCGCGCGCGGCCGGGGCCGCGGCCGCGGCAAGGGCCGGUCGCGGGGCUCCUGGGGCGGCUCCUGGGGCUCCUGGGGCGGCCGCGGCGCCUGGGCCGCGCCCGCGAACAAGAGCUGGGCCGCCGUGGAGAUGAGUAGGAGGAUGAGCUUAUUAAUUUACGUUGCGAUGGGCUGCCCCCGCCGGCUCGUGGGCCUCGCGGUCCUCUUCGCCGCGCGGCGGUCCGCGGGCGAGCCGUCGCUGCGGGCCGGGGGCGCCCGGAGCGACGACGCCUACGCCUACGGGUCCUUCGACGACGCGCCGGCGCCCGAGCGGCCGGACGCGGCGGCGGACGUCGUCCUGGCGGCCCCCGCGCGGAACGCGUCGACCAUGUCGUGGCUCGAGAUCGCCCGGGCCCUCUUCGUCGAGGAGGGGUCGACGUGCCUCCUCACGGGCGGCGGCGUCGUGCCCUACUUCAACUCGUGCGUCGGCUGCUCGUUGACCGCGGCGCACCAGUGCGUGUCCGACAUGCGCGCGAACGUGUCCUUCAACGUGCCCGUGGGCUGCAACAUGGACUCCGUCGGGAGCCUCGCGGGCUACCGGCCCAACAUCAAGAAGAUCGAGAACCGGCGCUGCUGCCCGCGGCUGGUCAACAUCGACAACGAGUUCACGUGGGCCUACCGCGACGCGCUCCGCUGCCUCACGAACAUCUACUGCGAGACGUCCGACGGCGUGUUGACGGGCGCGUUCCCGACCAUCGCGGACAUUCCCCCGUACCGCGCGCGGACGCGCCACUUCUCCGGCGCCCGCGACAAGUCGCGCCACGGCGAGGCGGGCCACGAGGUUCUCCUGGCGGCGACGCUCGAGAAGCUCCGCGCCAUCGCGAAGGCGUCGGGCAUCGCCCUCGCGGACCUCGCCGUCGCCUGGCCUCUGGCCAAGGGCGCCGCGUGCGUCGUCGCCGGCGCGACGAAGGCCCACCAGCUCGAGGCGAACGUCAAGGCCGCGAACCUCGACCUGCCGCCGGCGCUCGUCGCGGAACUCGACGCGGCGACGGACGAGCUCAAGCAGGCCAUGGGCGCGAACGCGGACCUCUGGCAGGGCGUACACGCGGACGGCACGGACGACGGCCGCAUCCGCAGAAGCAUCAUGGGCGGCGGCAAGGGCAGCGGCGGCCAGGUCCACGACAUCAAGCAGCGGCUGCGCGCCAUGCCGCCGCCGCCGCCGGCCGGCAAGUGCCCGUUCCACACGAACAAGGCCGCCGCCGACGCGACGUCGCAACCCUGGUGGCCCGCGGACUACGGCCACUGCGGCCCGUUCUUCAUCCGCAUGGCAUGGCACAGCGCGGGCACCUACCGCACCUUCGACGGCCGCGGCGGCGCGAACAGCGGCAACCUGCGCUUCGCGCCGCUGAACUCCAGAAGCAUCAUGGGCGGCGGCAAGGGCAGCGGCGGCCAGGUCCACGACAUCAAGCAGCGGCUGCGCGCCAUGCCGCCGCCGCCGCCGGCCGGCAAGUGCCCGUUCCACACGAACAAGGCCGCCGCCGACGCGACGUCGCAACCCUGGUGGCCCGCGGACUACGGCCACUGCGGCCCGUUCUUCAUCCGCAUGGCAUGGCACAGCGCGGGCACCUACCGCACCUUCGACGGCCGCGGCGGCGCGAACAGCGGCAACCUGCGCUUCGCGCCGCUGAACUCAUAG